AUGAGCCUGUCGCUGCCCCUCCGGUCAUCGGACGAUGCCGCGCAUUCGCCGACCAAAUCUUCCAAGGCGAACGGCCUGCCUCGACUCUCACCAUCCCCGUCCUUCAUCCAGACCCGGUCUCCCAGCAGUUCGCACACGUCGGUGCGUCGCCGCUCCGUCGAUCGUGUUGGGGCGAGCACUGCGCCCCGACGAUGCAAGUCACAAUACCCCCGCGAUUCCCCCGAGCGACAUGUCGAAUAUAUCCUGGUGGCCUCGUUCCAUAUUGAUCGGGGCCCCAUCAUGGAACAUCAGUACCCGACGCCUAUCAGUGGGGAUGAGAGCAUGUUGGCCGAACUGAUGCUUCCGGAUCAGACUCACGUCAGAAGUCAGGACUGGACCAUCUUCUUUUUACACAAGGACACCAGCGCAGACGGAGACGAUGACGAUUCCGUUUCGGGGAAAAAGAAGAAGAAGAGAAAGGGCAAAAGGAACGAUCAGGAGGGCGGCGAGGGCGACGGCACUCCAAACGAGGACGCGGAGGAGGCGUCCGAAGACGAUGAAAGCAGCGAAGACGAAGAGGAGGGGGGUGAGGGGCCACCCUUGAUGUAUGUGCUGAAUCUUGUAAAUACGAAACAGGAUAACACAGCCAAACGUGGUGCGGUUGUGAAAUCCAUGGCGAUCUGUACGCGGCAUUCAUUCCUUCACAUAUACAAGCCUUUGCUGCUUCUGGCCUUGGAGGACUAUUUCAAGUCUCCUUAUCCAGAAACGCUGGCGUCGCUGUACGAAGCCGUGAACAAUAUGGACCUGUCUUUGCUGCCGAAGUUGUCGCUUCUUGAGCGGACCAUCUUGCAAGCCAGCAACUCCAAGGACAUCUUCAUCGAGAAAUUUGAGAAGAUGAUCCAGCAGCGCAUGGCGGAAGAAGGGGAGCCCAACGAUGAUGAGUGUCCGCCCUCGCCCAAGAAACUGACUUCGCGAUACGCACUGCCACGCGACACUCACGAGUUUGAGUCCAAGGUUGUCUACCAUGAUAUUCCUAUUCCGGUCAAGGUGCCGACUCUGAUCUGGCCCGAGAUUGUGGGAGAUUUUUCUCUCAUCAAACUCGUCCAAAUCUUCUCUGCCACCCACUCUACCAACCCCCAGCCGUUCCCCCUCCACUCUCAUUUGACUACCAGUGGCGCCUACACUCAUCCGAUCAUUGUGCUUGUCAACGCCAUGCUCACACAAAAACGGGUCGUGUUCCUGGGACAUAACCGUCCUUCGGGUGAAGUCGCCGAAGCCGUUCUCGCAGCGUGUGCCCUCGCGUCCGGCGGGAUCCUCCGCGGUUUCACCAGACACGCUUUUCCCUACACCGAUCUCACCAAGAUCGAUGACCUUUUGAAAGUACCGGGGUUCAUUGCUGGAGUGACCAACCCCACGUUUGCCAACCAUCCUGAGUGGUGGGAUCUUCUCUGCGACCUUCCCACGGGGCGGAUGAAAAUCAGCAGUCACAUUGAAGCUGCUCCGGUCACCGAAGGCAUGCUGUUUUUCCAACAACAGACGCCAUUGACCUACAACCACCACGCAUCCCACACAGACCCGACGGGGGACAAUCUGUUUAUGGAAGAUGUUCAACGUAGCAUCACCAACCGGUAUGGUGAAAAUGCCAUCCGUGCGAAAUGGCGCGCCUACAUCACCAAGUUCACGCGGAUCGCUGCGGCCUUCGAAGAGACCGUCUACGGUGCUUCAAACCUCUACAUCAUCGGACCCAAUGAAGAGCUGUCGCCGGAGAGCCCGAGCGGCCACCAAGCCGAUCCGUUAGACCCUACUACUCUCCGCGGCCAUGGUUACGUGUGGGCCGACGAGGGGUCCAAGCAGCGCGAACUCAUGGCAUCGGUCUCGAGGAUCGAGGGCUGGCGCUCGACACGAUCCUACUACUCGUUCAUCCAAGACAUCGCGGCGAUGUACUUCCCGGCACGCCCCAUCCAGAAACCGGAUCUGCAUCAUCACCACGAUCGGUUGCGGACCUUGAAACUCUCUGCGCCGGACGCCGGCGCCGUCUACAUUGCGUUCUCGCAUGCCGUAAAAGACUACGCCGGGAUCUGCCAACUCCUCACGGUGACUCCCGAAAACCAAGCGGGACUGUUCUACAUCAGCAUGGGCCUCUUCCAUUCUGACCGCACUGUUCGUGAAGCCACUGCCGCUCUCUUGGAGCGAAUCUCCGUCCACGCGGCUGGUCGCCACUUCUGGGCGCAGCUCAACCGGUUUUCGAAACUGGCGUUCUUCCGAGUCAAGCGGGAGAGAGAUGCUGCACUGAGUGCGAGCCCGAUCUCACCCCGGUCCCCGGAGACGGUGCCUGGCGAGCCGCAGAGUUUGGUAGGAGUCGCUAUGGGCGAUGGCGGAGUCGGAAAGACCUAG